CAGCUGAUUCAGACGAAGGAAAGACAAGCGGACCGCUAAGCUUCCAUGAUGAGAAUCCUGUCUCUUCGUCCGGACAGCGUUUAAAAAUGAAAGCGACGAAACUGUAAAAACCCGAAAACACCUGGAUUAAUACCCGAGUCUCUGUCUACCAGCAUCGAGCAUCGGAUCUCGUGGGGAAACGUAAGAGCGAGCGCCGCCCCCUGCUUCUCUUCACCUCUGUUUACUGGAAAGUUCCUCUCUUCUUCUGGCUACCCAACGGCCUUUUUUUCCAUAUCGCAGUGCCAGAAAAGGACGCUGCUGAGAAAGCCACAGUCAGACUGAACUGGAUUCAAUGAGGGAGCCGAAUCGGGAGGAGCAGCCUGAAGACAACAUGCCCCCCAAGUUUAAACGACACCUCAAUGACGACGAGGUCACGGGAUCCGUUCGCAGCGAGAGGAGGAACCUGCUGGAGGACGACUCUGAUGAGGAGGAAGACUUCUUCCUGCGAGGACCCACGGGACCCAGAUUUGGACCUCAGAAUGACAAAUUCAAGCAGGUGCAGUCGCAGGUUGACGAGGUGAUCGAUGUGAUGCAGGAGAACAUCUCCAAGGUGAUAGAGAGGGGCGAGCGACUCGACGACCUGCAGGACAAGUCGGAGAGCCUAUCGGACAACGCGUCGGCCUUCAGUAGCCGAGCCAAACAGCUGCACAGGAGGAUGUGGUGGAGAGACAUGAAGAUGAAGAUAAUUAUCGCCUCGGUAGUUGUUGCCCUCCUGCUCAUUAUCAUCAUUCCAGUGAUCAUGCGAUAUCGCUAGUGUUUGACGAGGAGGAUGAGGGAGAACUGUCCUCUUCCUCCCCCCCCUCCCCUCUCUCUCUCUCUUCUUUGCACACAGUCCUCCAUUCCAGCUAGGGGGCGCCAGCCAGCCUCCCACACCCUCCCCAGUGUCAGCCUGCGUAUACCCCUCAAGGGAUCUGGCCUCAACUUGCCCCUCAGUACAGAUCUCAUCAUUUGUAUUUCCACAUAAAUCUGCUGUGAGAUCAGCACUGAGGCUCACGGUUUGAUCCCUGGUUUGAAAGUAAAGCUACAGAUAAGGGAACGCGGGAGAUAUUUUAAGGCGGUUUGGGAGAAACCGCCGACUCUCAGCCCCUCUAGUCUAAGUGAAGGAGUGCUCCAUGCCAUGACACAUAUCACGUGUAGGGUCUUUGCCCUGACAACAGGAAAACUCCUGCAUAUUACAUAGAUAUUUACUGUAAAGGGGAUCUAUGCCAACAGUCUCUCUUAGUGUAGCUGGUCUGAAUCUGCUGCAGCAGCCUCGUACAAAGGCCAUAAAGGGGCUUUUAACAUUUAGCGAAUGAACCUCAGACGUCUACCCACGAUUCCUUGUGUGAGAGCGUUUAUAGGGGACCCUUUGUGAACACGAGCACAUUUCACCGUUCGACACCAGAAAACAACUGAGGCUCAUCUGCGUAGUCAAAAGUGCGGCUUCUUUUAAUCAUUCUGGCAGGAAAGUGAUUUCACUUAUCAGGUAUGUUACCUCAUCAGUGCAGAUGAUCGGGGAAAGGAAGGUCAUCGAUUCAGACGGCAUCCUGAAUAUUAUUCUCCUCCAUAAAUCACCGCUUUCCGUCUGCCCCUUGGUAGCUUGUUAAACUGUACGGCAGGACGGCGGCGAACCAAAACAUCCAGGUCAUGAAUGUCUCCUCGGCCUCUCCGGACCGCUCGCCUCCCUCCCGGCUUGAGCCGGGCUCUGGGGCCCGUUGGGUCGCGGCUGCGCUGCUUUCCUGCUCGUGACAGAUGGCUCUGUUUGAUUUUAACGCUUCUUCUGUCUUUACUUCACUAUUUUUCCUUAUUUAUGCCGGUCGCUCAAUGUGAUGUUUGUAUGAACGCUGGUAUUCCCACAGAACUGUUACAUUACUUUAAAGCAGGGGUAACUUAAGAGAUGCAAGUUAAACGUCUCGCUGUGAAACAAACUUAGGUGUCAUUGUGUUCUGGAUUAAUUAACUGUAUAACACAUUGGAGCUCUACAUUGUCAUACUUUUUUUGUUGAUGUAAUUUAUUUUAGCUGUAAAUAUUGAUUCUGUAAUGAUGUACAAUACUCUCUGCAUUGCAUUGGAAGACUGUGAUAUAAUGAUCCUUUUUGCUCUGGAAUAAAGUGAUUUUAAAGGGCACCGGUGUGGUUUCAACUGGUUUUAACUGGUUUUCCUGCGAGGAUGAGAUCAGAAAAGUGAGGAUGGGGGGAGCAAUCGUAGGGAAAGUUUGGUUGAUGGAAAGAAAGAAGAUGAAAAUGCCAUCCCUUCACUCUUAACCACUUUCUAAAGCCUGAGCUCUAUUUUUAUCUCAUUACCAAACUCUUUUUUAUUGGUCUGGCUUUACUGGCAGUGUGGAGUCCCAAGAUGGCACUAAAGUUUGAAGUGACUGGACGCCGUGAAGCGCUAUUGUUCCGACAGACCGGCUGCUCCUGUCCUCUCCGGACAGUAGACACAAACGCACACUGACAGCUCUGCUCUUUGCUCAGCCAGCGCUGCCCAACCCUUCUGAGGGAGCAGACAUUAUAUUGGCCCAGAGGGGUCUUUUACUUCAUUGAUCUACGGCAGAUGGUAUUCCAGCUCGCGCUAGUUGCUAGUGCGCACGGCAGGGGGGUGAAGGCCAUAUUUCAGCGUUGAAGAGAAGAGAGGGCAUUUCAUCCCAUAUCGAUGGCCGAAAAGCAAAACCUCCGAUCUGAAAAAUGCCUGGAUCAUUUUGCAGAUAGGAUAUUUUGCACUUGGUGCAAGUUGGAAGAGGUUCUACAAAAUGAUGCUCUAAAUUAAGUUUCAACAAAGGGCGGGAUUAUUUUAAGACAGACUGAAUAUGAACAGCCUUCCUUGUUCUCAUCAUCCAAAGUGAAAUCUGGCCAUCAGAAAAUUCUGCAGAUAGGAGGUUUUGCGCUUUGACCCUCGAUAUGCUUAUUUACAGCAGGAAAAGUUACCCACAAAGACAUUUUAAAGGGGAAGCUAACUCUUUCUCAUAGAGUACUUAAUCCUAAACCACUUAUAUGGGUAUUUAAUAGUGUUAUUGAUGGAUUCAGGUCCAAAUCUUUACAAGUAUUUCAUUUCUACAGAUUCCUCCUCCUAUAGAAGCAAUUAAUGGAGUCUGCAGACUAUUGAGAGAGGAGUAUUAGUGAAGAGUGGCCGGUCCUCUCUCAAUGAACCUGUGAAUUGCUUAUGCUAACUGAUAGCAUACACGUAGCUGGUGCUGAUGCUAAUCGCAAGCAUACAAAUAUAUCCCGGCCCCGCAUGUAAACUUAAAUUCACAAAUGUUUAUUAGUUUGAACUGUAUUUUGUGACAAUCACCCUUUACAGCAACCUUACCUAACAAUAAUCACAACAAUAGCCUUCAUGCUAGCAAUUAGCUUUAGCGCCAGCGAUGAGCG